CUCAGACGAAACCUAACCUCAUUCGAGAAGAGCGACAUUGCAAUUCCUCGACGUUAUGCCUAUAACUAUCCUAUUUAGGCCUACGGGCUGUUGUCCCGACCUAACAAUGUCCGAGAGAGACGAGUGGACCAAAGAAGACGUUGUGUCUGUGUUCCGGACAACUCGUCAUUUCCUGAUCCCAGCCCUCAGAAAGGUUCUAUGUAUUCCUGUCACAUACGUGAUUCAUGGUGGAAGAGCAAGGGCAAGCACGUCAGAUAACGAGAAGGAUGGAGAGUUGUCCUUGGAGCAGGGAAAUCUGAGGAUCACCGAUGAAAUGCUUUUGGCACUAGACGAAGAAGCAGAUGAGAUUCUGCAAGAACGUGUUGGUAUAGUCAAUGGUGUGCCUGUCUUACUAGAGGGACCCUUGAGGGCUGAACAUGCCAAGGCCGGACUAUCACUCUCAAUUCCUUUGCUGGAUCAGCUGACCGGCACUGAAUUUAGAAAAAGAGCAACCGAGCAAGUGAGUGAGGUUUUGCUCACAACUCUUGACAAUGAUUCCUGCCAUGAGUCAAACACCAAAUCAGAGAGCCAGACAGACCUCUGUGAGCUUCCUGCCUUCUAUCCACCUGGCACCCACUCACAGUCUGUUGCUGAUGAUCUUGUCGAUGAUGUUGCUGAUGAUCUUGUCUGGGAUGUUAUUGACUCCAUGAACAAAGACUCGGGCCAAAAUGUUCGCUCAGCAGCAUAUGACGUUGUUGGAUAUGUCGUUGCGGGGUUGAAAGAUCUUGUGGAGACAACACGAGUCAUGGGAGGUGUCUCUAUAAGAAGGAUCUGCGCAACAUCGGAGACAAUGUUCAGUGCCAUUCAGAAUGCGGUGAGGAAAUUGUUUUCCAGAUCUGUUUACUCUGACAGUAAAGAAGAAACAACAAUGGCUUCCGCCAGACAUGUCAUAAGCCAAGUGAUCUUGUCCAUGCAGUGCGACCUUUCUGCUCUUAAGAGUGCAGAAGAUUUAGAGCAGAUAGCACUGAUUCAGAAGAUCCUCAGUGCUUUGUUGAGUGACGUCCGAAUGACUGGAACCAAAACAAAAAAAGACAGGUCACAAAGCCCUCAACUGCCAUCGGCUCACUUCUUAAAAACAGACUCAGAAGUUGAAGACCUAACCAAAUGUCAUGUCACUCCUAUUCCGCCUGUAGUGAGUGUCAACAUGGAAUGCUCUUUAUUGUCUCCUGCAUGUGCUAAUGAAGCCAUCACCCAAGUGGAAGACACUGUUUUAGAAUGUGAAAGAUGUGAGAGACUUGUUCCUUUGCCAAACCAACUGGAGAAAUUGAUCUCCGGAUCAAAAUGGAGGGCAUUCUCCCAUGAUAUCCAGACUAUUUCUGUGCCAGUCGGGAAGAGUCUUUCAGACUCCAUUCUCUGCAAGUUACCGGCCAGAGCGGAGAGACAGAAUGAAGCUCCACCUGCAUUUAUUUGCGAUUAUGUAGAGCAGGCUGUGAAGAGACUAGUGUCAUCACGGUUGUUCCCCUCUGCAUCUUCUGAGGACCAAGAACGUUCCCAGCAGGAUCUAGAGACCUCAACAUCACCCUGUAUCCUCAACAUGUUUGAGGGAAAUGCUGAGAAAAAUGAGGGAAGUGCUGCUUCUGAGAUCGUAAAGACUUGUAGCCAAACAAACUUGGCAGCUUCUGAACCUAGGAGUCCACCAAUUAAAGCUGUAACUGGACUACACAAGAAGAUGACUCCAUCCUGGCUGAAGAUGCCAAAAUUCAAUUGGAAGAAAUCAAAGAAUGGAGUACAAAGUCUCUCUGACAGUGAAGGCUCUCUUGUUCAAAGCACAAGUUCCUCUCAGGAUCAGGCCAUGAAGACUGAGCUGAGGGACACUCUGGCCGAGGACACCAAGGCUCCCGAGUGUGCUGCUGGCCGUCUGGAGAAGGCUCAGGAGGAAGAGACCACAGGAUGCUGUUUCUUCAGGAUGCCCAAAUUCAAGUUCUCCUUCAAGGUAGAGUUCAGUUUAUGUAACGCGUCACUGUAAUGUGUCUAUUAUGUGGACUAAUUGUGAUCUGACAGACUAGUGAGUGAAGGACAAAUCGGUUCAGACUGAUGUGAGUAUGCAGAUGUAAUAUUUUUUCAUGAAUCAAUUUCUGAAUUUGAGCUAAUCAUUUUCUUUCUUGAUCAGAAAAUAAUGAGAGGAGCUAAAGUUGGGCCUUACCACGAUGUUACCUCAUUUGAAGAGCGGAACAGUAAUGCGGCAGCCUGUGAGACUCAGCUGAAGGAGGAGCCCUCUGCUGAGUUGGCUGCUUUUGAGGGUCUCACUAAACAGGAUUAGAUUGCAUCUGGGCUUGCCAACACAUCAUGUCCAAAGAUGGGACUUCCUGA